GGAACAGGAAUAUCCAAAAUCCCAAACUCAACUCCAACAUGUUGUUGGCUAAUGCCAACCUCAUCUCCUGCAACUUCUCAACCUUCCCAUCAUCCCUUCCUCCCAAAACUUCACUCCAAACCCAAAACAUCAAGCCCAGAAUUCUACUGUCCAAAACAGCCUCUAAAGCUUCAACCUUUCUUGGACCCCAGAGUGGUAAAGCUUCAGUCUUUACAUUCCGCAAGUGCCAGCUUCAUAUUUGUCACGGUACCUUGAACAACCAGAAACCAGAAGACCCAGUUCUGAAUGACAGUGAAUCCUUGAAGGGUGAAAAUGUUGGUGAUGAAAAGAACUGGACAACCUCAAUCUUGCUGUUUCUGUUGUGGGGGGCACUCAUGUUCUAUGUUUUCAAUCUUUCUCCAAAUCAGACCCCGUCAAGGGACAUGUAUUUCUUGAAGAAACUCUUGAAUUUGAAGGGAGAUGAUGGUUUUAGAAUGAAUCAAGUGCUUGUGUCUGUCUGGUACAUCAUGGGUUUGUGGCCUUUGGUAUAUAGCAUGUUGCUGCUUCCAACAGGGAGAAGCUCAAAAGGCAGCAUUCCAGUCUGGCCUUUCUUAGUACUUUCAUUCUUCGGUGGAGCAUAUGCCCUUCUUCCAUAUUUUGUACUUUGGAAACCACCAUCACCUACUGUUGCUGAAAGUGAGCUCGGAAGAUGGCCUUUCAACUUUCUUGAAUCUAAAUUAACUGCAAGGAUUACACUUGCUGCAGGGCUGGGAAUAGUCAUCUAUGCAGGUCUAGCAAGUGGGGCUGACUGGAAGGAAUACUACCAGUACUUCAAUGAAAGUAAAUUUAUCCAUGUCAUGAGCCUUGAUUUCACUCUACUAUCUGCAUUUGCUCCAUUUUGGGUUUACAACGAUAUGACUUCACGAAAAUGGUUUGACAAAGGCUCGUGGCUUCUGCCUUUGUCGUUGGUGCCAUUUCUAGGCCCUGCUCUAUACCUCAUCUCAAGGCCAUCACUCUCAACUGAACCUAACUCACUGAGCCCUGCUGAGCCAGAAUAGGAAGUGAGAUCCUUCUGUCAGUAUCAUCUGCAUAAAUAUUACAGUACAGAUAGGGAAUGAAUGGUAAAUCAUCAUACAGAUUUUCAUAUCUGAGUAGAUGCUUGAGUUUUCUAUCAAGAUGCUUAAAUGACAACAUACACACUGUCAUUAGUUUCGUAUACAACUUGGAACCUUUCAAAGCUUGAUGUAGCCAAGAAGACCAAAAGUUUUACAAGGCUCAUGUUGCAACUCACUAUUGAACAGCGAUGGUUCUGUAACAUAUGUGCAUUUUGU